AUGUCUUACGCAGAAGCUGCUGCUAAGGGCCCUAAGCAGACUCCUGAAGAGGCCCGCGCCCCUGAUAUCAACCGAGUUUACAAGGAUGAAUCCGAAUCCACCGCUUCGCUCAUUGACGUCGACGGCCCGCAUGUGACCGCUGUCGACCCUGAUUUCCUGGAGCAGGACGUGAAGACUACUACUCAGGCCGAACGGAUAGAACGCGAGCAAGAAGAAAAAGCCCAGGAAGCCCGCGAGAAGAAGCAGAAGCCAAAGGCCAAACCAUCCCGUGUUCGCGGCAAUGAAGGCAACCCUGUGUUUAUUGGGAACGCUGCGCUCAUGGCCCUUGUCGGUGCAGGUCUGGGUUUCGGUGCCUACAGGAAACACACCCAGGGAAAGCUUUCCUGGGAGGUUGUUGGACUCUGGACAGGGAUCGUAGGCGCCGCCGGUGCUGUCGAUUACUUUGUCAGCAAAUGGUUCCUCCAGAACAAGUACCCUCCGAAAUAG